GGACCACUCACACUCUCUUCUCUGUCAGAGUAGAGAGUAGAUGCGCCUGCUCAUACCUCUGGGAACUUUCAAAAUUUCAGCUCGCUUUUAAGAGUGUGAGAGAGGGCAUGAGACACCCAUUGUGCUGUGAUUUGACUAAACAAACAGCCGUACCUCCUCCAGUGAAGCUCCUGGGACAGUGGAGAUUAACCCCCAACCCCUCAGAGCCAGAUCAUCAGAGGCUCUAGACAUCUGAAGGAGCGCUCCCCGUAGAGAGGACCAGCCAACCUGCUACAUCCACUGACGCAGAGUUAACCAGAACAUCGAACAUCUGGGAUCCUGGUGAAGAACAAAUUGCCUUGGGGACAUCCACCAUGAGGAGUGUGACAGUGUCCACUCUACAUUUUGCAGUCAUUGUUCUCGCUUUUCUGUAUCUCUGUCCCGGGCUGCCCUGCCUGGAGAUCACCCCAGCGGGCAGCGAGUUCAUCCUGGACCCUGGUUCCUCUCUCACCCUGACUUGUUCUGGAUCAGAGGAGACAGCCUGGGAGUUUAAGAGAGAUGACAUUCCUUAUUUUCAAGUGGAUCAAGUGCAACAUGGCAAAAGGAGCUUCCAGAUUGUCCAAAAUACCGACAUGACCAGUGUGAUGACCCUGUUCGAUGUGAGCUGGAAGCACAGUGGGGUUUACCUUUGCAUGGAUCGAAAGACGGGAAAAAGCAAAGAAGUUGUUGUUUUUGUCCCAGACCCAGACGUGUGGUUCAUUGAGAGCUCCCAUGGUAUGGUGACUAAGACCAGUGAGGAGACCACUAUCCCCUGCCUGGUGACUAACCCAAACAUCAGUGUAUCCUUGGUUGAGAAAGACACAGAUGUUCCUGUGAGGGGGGUGUAUGAUCCGAGCGAGGGAUUCAGGGGGCUGCUAGAGGACCGAACAUACAUGUGCCAGGGAGAGCUGAACGGAGAGGUGAAGGAGUCCCAGGCCUUCUAUGUCUUCAGUAUAGUGGUCCCAGAGACCAUAGAUGCCUACAUCAACGCGUCCAAAACGGUGCUGAAGUCGGGCGAGCCACUGACAGUGAACUGCACGGUGCAUGGUGUGGAGCUAGUGUACUUUUCCUGGGAUAUUCCCAACAGAGAACUGACUGAAGUGGAGCCCCUGACCGAUGUGCUGUCCUCUAUGCACAUGCGCUCCUGCCUCAUCUUCCCCCAAGCGUCUGUCGCCCAGAGCGGAAACUACCACUGUCACGUCCACGAAGGGGUCCAGGACCAAACCGCCUCCGCCACCAUCAACAUCACCGUCCUGGAUCAUGGCUUUGUGAAUGUGAGACCUGCUCAAAAGCUAAACAUUUCUGCAAAGUUACAAGAAAACGUGGAGCUCCGAGUGGAGAUCGAGGCCUAUCCUCCUCCUCAGGUUUACUGGAGGAAAGGCGGCUCUGUGAUAAGAGGAGACAAAACCAUCAUCACCCGACAAGAGCAGGAGAUCAGAUAUGUCAGCAUUCUCACCCUGGUCAGAGUGCGGACGGAGCAGAAAGGUCUCUACACUGCUCGUGUUACUAAUGGAGAUGACACUAAGGAAAUAACUUUUGACUUGGAGGUGCAAGUUCCAGCUCAGAUUAAAGACCUCAGUGAUCACCCACUCCCUGGGAAAAGGCACAUGGUGACUUGUUUGGCUGAGGGUGUCCCAACUCCAUCCAUUCAGUGGUACAGCUGUGACAGUAUGCUCAAGUGUAGUAAUCAGACAGCUGUUUGGCGCCCACUGGUCCCAGAGCCGGAGGUCCUGAGCGUCCAAACCAACGUGAGCUACAGCGAGGCCCGAAAAGUCAACCAGGUGUGGAGUCAGGUGACCUUCCACAAACCGCAGCACGUGACGGUGCGCUGUGCAACCAACAACAGAGCGGGACAUGCCGAUAAGAGAGAUGUCAAACUAGUGUCCAGCACAUUGUUCUCCCAGGUGGCAGUGUUGGCUGCAGUUUUAGCCCUAGUGGUCAUCAUUAUCAUGUCCUUCAUCAUUCUUAUUGCUGUGUGGAGGAAGAAACCGCGCUAUGAGAUCCGAUGGAAGGUGAUAGAGUCUGUAAGUCAGGACGGUCAUGAGUACAUUUAUGUGGACCCCAUUCAUUUGCCCUAUGACCUGAUUUGGGAAAUGCCCCGCGAUCACCUGGUUCUGGGUCGUACACUUGGGUCUGGAGCCUUUGGCAGGGUCGUCGAGGCAACUGCGUACGGUCUCACUCAUUCCCAGUCCAGCACAAAAGUGGCAGUCAAAAUGCUGAAAUCUACAGCGCGGAGGUCUGAAACACAGGCGCUCAUGUCUGAACUGAAGAUCAUGAGCCAUCUGGGACCACACCUCAACAUCGUGAACCUGCUCGGAGCCUGCACAAAGCACGGCCCUCUGUAUUUGGUAACCGAAUACUGUCGCUAUGGAGACCUGGUAGACUACCUGCACAGGAACAAACACACCUUCCUCCAAUACUACGCUGAGAAAAACCAGGACAAUGACUCAUUCAUCUCCAGAGGAAGCACCCCACUUAGCCAGCGUAAAGGCUAUGUGUCCUUCGGAAGUGAGAGUGAUGGAGGCUAUAUGGACAUGACCAAAGACGAGCUGUCCGUGUAUGUCCCAAUGCAUGAGCAGAGUGACACUAUUAAAUAUGCAGACAUCCAGCCUUCUCCAUACGAGGCCACAUAUCAGCAGGACAUCUACCAAGAACAAGGUGGCGGCCGAUUGGACUUGGUGAUCAGUGACUCUCCUGCUCUCACCUAUAAUGACCUACUAGGCUUUAGCUUCCAAGUGGCGAAGGGCAUGGAGUUCCUUGCAUCUAAAAAUUGUGUCCAUCGUGAUCUUGCUGCUAGAAACGUAUUAAUCUGCGAAGGCAAACUGGUGAAGAUUUGUGACUUUGGUCUUGCCAGGGACAUUAUGCAUGACUCGAACUACAUUUCCAAAGGCAGUACCUUCCUGCCCCUGAAAUGGAUGGCACCAGAGAGCAUUUUCCAUAAUUUGUACACCACCUUAAGCGAUGUGUGGUCAUAUGGCAUCCUUCUAUGGGAGAUUUUCACCCUGGGAGGAACACCAUACCCUGACUUACCCAUGAAUGAACUGUUCUACAAUGCCCUGAAGAGAGGCUAUAGGAUGAACAAACCAGCCCAUGCAUCAGAUGAAGUAUAUGAGAUAAUGAAGAAGUGCUGGGAUGAGAAGUACGAGAAGAGACCGGAGUUCUCCAGUCUGGUCCACAGUGUUGGAAACAUGCUCAGUGACAGCUACAAAAAGAAAUACAGCCAGGUGAAUGAUAACUUCAUGAAGAGUGAGCACCCUGCUGUGAUCCGGGCCAAACCCAGACUGUCCUCCCCAUUCCUCACCUCCAGCCCUGCAUUUGGUGUUCCAUCUCCUCGGGACCGCUCCUCUCCUUUGGGUCACAACCACCAGCACCAACACAGCCAGCUUCCCAGAACCUACAGGCACCAGCAGCCGGACACAGAGGACCCCCUGCCCUCCUACAACGAUUACAUCAUCCCCAUCCCGGACCCCAAACCAGAUGAAGUCUUCACAGAUGUCCAGUCAGAAAGCCCUGGAAGCUCCAUGGCUCUGGAGGAGGUAGAGACUGACUCGAUGGACACUGCGGAUACACUCCCCGAAGAGGACAGGCUAGAGGGCAGUAGUGAGCGCGACGCCUUACUGGGCCGACCCGAGACGCCAGAGAUAGAAGACAGCUUCCUCUAGCCUCCCUGUGUGGGACAACCAUCCAAAUUGAGCCUUUUCAAAAAUCGUAUUCACCUUAUUCCGGAAGUUGCUGUGGGCGCCACAGUCAUCAUUCGGGUUGUAUUAUUUUGUAUGGGGCUGUCGAUCAUAACGGCAAAUAAGUUCAAUAUGGACUAUAAAGCCAUUUUAAAGUGAAUGGGUACAGUGUGACUUGUUGGUGCACAUGAACACUGAACAUUUUACAUAAAUUAACUUACUUUAUGUCAUAUUUUUGCUGCAAAAUUUUUCCCAAAUUCUCAAUGAAAUGAAUGUGUCCCCAUUUAACCCCCGUUUAAGUGCCACCAUAAGAAAGCACGAUUUAGGAGUGUUUAGAGACAGAAGUGGGUGGGGCGGAAUAAGGUGAAUAAAACAAUGCUUUGAAACAUGACUAAAGUAGAAUGUAGCAGCUGAGAAAUCAAUCAUUGUAUUUCCAGUAGGCACUCAUGGACGCUCUGUUUUUUGGUUUGUUUGUUUGUGUGUUUGUUUGUUUUUUACUUUUACUAUGAAAAUUACAUGUGGUACUUCUCUAGGAACUGUACAAUAUCUUUUGAAGAAGAUUAAAAACAAUUUUUUUCCUAUUAGGUACAUUUAAAGGGGACAUGUUCCAAAGUUGCAUUUUGAAGCAGCAUCUCUCAGUUCUGCAGAUCAGUAUUGCGAUUAACAAUUAACAUCAUGCUAAAUCAUGAUCUACCUAUGUACUAAAUACCCCAAAAAGUAUAAUAUGUCUUUUUAAUCAUACCUAUUAAAAGCAGCAUAAAUCACGUUUUUGUAUUAAAGGAAUUGUAUUACACAAAUUUCUGAUCUGUGUUAUAAUAUUGUUUCCUCAUCAAAAACAUACCCGGAGUUGUGUUUGUUACAUUUACACAUGUUUAACACACAGACCCUGCAUAUUUAGGCUGAGAUCAUCUUCUCUCUUACUAAAAAAAUGUGUGAAUCAAACAAAACACCACGGCAGGUAUGUUUCUGAUGAGGUAACAACAUUAUAACAUGGCUUAAAGCUCUUGAGAGCUUUGUGUGUCAAUUUUGUGUAAUAUAGGACCUUUAAAAGGACCAUUGGAGAUGUAGCAUUUGUAUUACAACUAUUUGUAUGCAGUGUUUUAUAAUGUAACAAAUUGACUGCACAUGCACUGAUACAUGAACUGAAACUUAGCUUUAGCUUUUAGUCAGUCAUCCAGUCUAUUUUAAAGCUAUUUCUAUCGAAUAAAAUGUUCUUUUGCUCAUUGAUGUUGAAUAACUCUGAAGUAGAAUAGACUUUAUACAUUUUUGCACUUUAUUAUGAAAUAUAUAGAAUCAUAUAGAUUUCUACACAGUUUAUGCAUUACCAAGAAACUAGAAAAGAUUAUUUUAAAGAAUGAGCACCUGCGUUUGUGAUGGUGGGUGCCUCAGGUGAACAGCGUGUCACUGCCUUAUGCCUUUGUUUAAACUGAGUACAACUGUGGAUUUUAUCUCGCAGCUAAUGUUAUUCACCAACAUGAAAGGCUCUUGUUCACUUGUUUCGCCUUAUGUGUACAUAUGCUUCCAUUUGAAUUCACUUGAGUCAUUUGCUUGUUUUAGUCCUUUCUAAAUCAUGCACAAUCACUGUAAAACACGCUCUUGUACCAAAGCUCUUCCUGAUGUUUACAAAUGUAUUUUUAUAUGUAUCUGUAACAGUGACAAUAAAGUAUUAUUGUCAUCAUUUA